AUGGCUAUCGAAAGUGUUGGGGAAUCCAUUAUGUCUAAGAUAGCAGAGUUCUUGGCGGAACCAGCAAUAAGGCAGUUACGUUAUAUGUUCUGUUUCAACAAUUUUGUUCAAGAAUUCAAUGAACAAAAGCAGAACCUGACUUUGGAACAAGAUCGUCUGCAAAAUGCUGUCAGAGUUGCUGAAUGGAAUGCUGAAGAAAUCGAGAAAGACGUCAAUAAGUGGCUGGAAGAUGCAAACAACGAAAUUGAAGAUGCCAAGCAUUUCGAUGAACAAAUAGGAAAUAAUGGCAAAUGCUUUACAUGGUGUCCAAAUUGGAUGCCCCGAUACAAGCUAAGCAAGGCAUUGGCAAAGAAGAUAGAGACGUUGAGUAAACUAGAAGAAAAAAGCAAAAAGUUUCCAACAGUGUCUCACAAAGCUCCUCUUCAAGAUAUAGAAUUUCUUCCAAAUAAGGAUUUUACACCUUCAAAAUCGUCAACAGAUGCUUUCAAACAGAUAAUGGAAGCGCUCAAUGAUGACAAAGUCAAUAUGAUCGGACUGUACGGAAUGGGAGGGGUGGGUAAAACCACAAUGGUGAAAGAAGUAGGCAGGAGAGCCAAAGAGUCGCAGCUUUUUGGUCCAGUUUUAAUGGCUGUGGUGUCCCAGAAUCCAAAUGUCACCAACAUUCAGGAUGAACUGGCAGAUAGUCUAGGGCUGAAGUUUGAGCAAAGGAGUAUAAAAGGGAGAGCAGAUCGACUAUGGCAAAGAUUACAGAACGAGGAGACGAUGCUUAUCAUCCUAGAUGAUGUUUGGACACAUAUUGACUUGCAAAAGAUAGGGAUCCCAUUUGGAGCUGCUUACAGGGGUUGUAAAAUUCUUCUAACAACACGUCUUAAAAGCGUAUGUUCUUCUAUGGAGUGCCAGCGAAAGGUGUUUUUAGGAUUCUUAUCUGAAAAUGAAGCAUGGGCUUUAUUCAAAAGGAAUGCAGGUUUACGUGAUGAGGGCUUUGCAUUGAACAAAGUGGCAAAGGAGGUUGCGAGAGAAUGCAAAGGCUUGCCUAUAGCACUCGUGACAGUGGGAAGGGCUCUAAGAGAUACAUCUGAAGUUCAGUGGGAAGUAGCAUUUAAACAGCUCAAAAACUCUAAAUUUCUGCACAUGGAACAGGUUGACGAACAAAACAACGCAUAUGCAUGUCUUAAGUUGAGUUACGAUUAUUUGAAGCACAAGGAAACCAAGUUAUGUUUCUUGCUAUGUUGUUUAUUUCCAGAAGAUUACGACGUUCCAAUUGAGGACUUUGUGAGAUUUGCAGUUGGCUAUGGGCUACAUCAAGAUGCAGAGUCCAUUGAAGAUGUAAGGAAACAAGUGUGUGUGGCUGUCGAAAACCUCAAAGAUUGUUGUCUGCUGUUGGGCACUGAAAGCGAAGAAAAUGCGAAAAUGCAUGACUUGGUUCGUGAUGUUGCUGUUCAAAUAGCAUCAUCAAAAGAAUUUGGUUUCGUAGUAAAGGCUGGCAUUGGGUUAGAGAAGUGGCCAAGGAGUUUUGGAAGCUUUGAAGAUUGCACAACUAUUUCGUUAAUGGGCAAUAGACUGACAGAACUUCCUGAAGGAUUGGUAUGUCCACAGCUCAAAGUUUUGUUAUUAGAAUUGGACGAUAGCAUGGAUGUUCCAUGUAAGUUUUUUGAAGGGAUGAAAGCAUUGGAAGUUUUGUCUCUAAAGGGAGGGCGGUUGUCAAUGAAAUCACUUGAAUGCUCAACGAACCUUCAAUCCCUGCAGUUUAUUAAGUGUGAAUGCAAGGACCUCAUUUCGUUGAGAAAGCUGCUAAGACUUAAGAUUCUUGAUUUUCUGUGCUGCUCCUCGAUUGAAGAAUUGCCUGAAGAAAUAGGAGAGCUUGAGAACUUAAGGUUGUUGGAUUUGAGAGGUUGUCGGAGGCUAAUAAGGAUUCCUGUGAAUUUGAUUGGAAGGUUGAAGCAGUUAGAAGAACUGUUGAUUGGGGAUGACAGCUUUAAGAAAUGGGGUGUUGGUGGGACAAUCAGAGGAGGAAUGAAUGCAAGCCUAACAGAACUAAAUUCAUUGUCUCAUCUUUCUGUAUUAUCGUUGAGUAUACCAGAGAUCGAACACAUUCCCAGAGAUUUUGUUUUCCCCAAGUUGCUUAAAUAUGAAAUAGUAUUCGGAGUCGAGAGGUCUUCCAUGUCUUUGAAGAUGCUUCCAACGAAACGAACAAGUUACUCAACCUCCAGAAGAUUGGCUUUCCGUUGUAUCAACGCCAUAUCCUUAAAUGCAAAGACAUUUGAGGAGUUGUUCAGUACUGUAUAUCAACUUGAGUUGGAUCUAGUGUCUGGUUUGAAAAAUUUAAUGUUGUUCCAGAGAUUAGAAUUUGUUAACGUAAGGUAUUGUGGUGAUUUGAGUACUCUGUUUCCAGAAAAAUCAUGGCGACCUUUGAAAAAUCUAAGGACCGUGAGAAUUGAUGGUUGCGACAAAUUGGAAGAGGUAUUUGAAUUGGGUGAGGUUGAUCAAGUAAGCGAUGAGGAGAAGGUGCUGCUGCUGUCAUCUUUAACGGAGUUAGUAUUGGAAGAGUUACCUACUCUGCAGUGUAUAUGGAAGGGGCCUACCCGACAUGUAAGCCUCCAAAGUCUUAUUCAUCUGACAUUGAGGCGUCUCUGCCAACUCAAAUUUAUCUUCACACCGUCCCUGGCUCAGAGUCUACCACAACUAGAAACACUUCAGAUAGAAGAUUGUGGUGAACUGGAAUAUGUCUUUCCUGUGUCUGUGGCUCCAAGUCAUGCAGAUGCCGACAAAUUAAAGAAAAUAUUUGGCAGUGGAGAAGGAGAAGAUGUAUUCAUAACAGACGAAGGUGGCAUCAUCGAGUUUCCUCAACUGAGAAAGUUGAAGCUUUGUAGGUCCGGAUCAAAUCUCAACCUCUUUAGUUCAAACAAUUUUGCUGCCGAAUUGCCUUCUUUGCAAGAUCUACAAAUUGAGGGCCACAACCAACUGGGUAAUUUGUUGGCAAAGCUGCUGGGCUUAACAAAUUUGAGAAAUUUAAUUAUUAAAGAUUGUGAAGGAGUAGAAGAGGUAAUGCAGGUUAGACGUUUUGUAACUAAUAGAAGAGGGGGUCUCGUGCUGCAGAAUUUGACUACUUUAGAGGUGGUUAAUUGUAAGGGACUGAGACAUUUAUUCCCAUCCAGCAUGAUUGCCAGUCUGCUUCAACUGAAAGUUCUAAAGAUAUCAGGGUGUGAGGAAUUGGAGGAAAUCUUUGCCAAGGAUGAGAUAUUGUCAGAAACUCAUCUCCAAUCUUUAUGCUUCCCCAGUUUGUGUGAAAUUGAGGUCAGAGAAUGCAACAAGUUGAAGAGUCUCUUUCCAGUCAUCACCGCGGCAGGAUUUCCACAACUACAAUAUCUCAAAGUAAGAGACGCUCCUCAAUUGACGAAAGUAUUUGGACAUGAUGAUAAAGCCUCAUAUGUCAAUGUUGAGAAAGAGAUUGUGGUCCCUAAUCUGCUGCAGUUGUCGCUAAAAAAUUUACCAAGCAUCGUCUGUUUCGGCCUUGGAUGUAAAAAUUUCUUAUUCCCACGUCUACAAAGGUUUAUGCUUGGAAAUUGUCCGAAGAUGGAAACAAAAUUCACUCUUACACAAAAUGGUUCAAUGAGUGCUCAAUCAGAGGUAUCUCAGGUUGCUGAGGCUUCAAGCAGUAGUUGUGCCAUGCCAAGCAGCACUUACAAAAUGUGGACUCGAAAUGGUGGGUGGAAGGAACAAGUGUUUGAUGGAUACGAGCAGGAGGUCAACCCGGCUGGUUCGGUGGUGGUAGCUUCAUGCCGUGGGUUAUGUGAGACAGAGAGAGAAGGGAAAAGGAGAGAGAAGUAA